UACCUAAAAAAUUUUAAAAGUCUGUUCCCAUGAUCAAUGAUGCAUAUUUUAGUUUUAAUAAGUUUAUAUUUUUUAGUUUGUGGAGGCAAAGGCCCUUGGUAGAUGCACUGCCAUAAAUCUGGAGCUGUAUUUACUCAUUUCGAGCAUGCUACAAGCAUUUCUUAAUCACAUUUUUGACAGCUGUAAAAAUGGGGAAACAAAAGUUAAAAAAAAAAACAACUUCAAAAUUUGAGACCCAUCUUUUGUGGAGGCCCUUUUGAAUUUUCUUGUGGAAUCCUUGGUACUGUCUGCCCUCGCUUAAAUCCGGCCUUGAGUUUAAGUUAAUAUAUUUAUAUAUAGCAUAUAGUCAUUAUAGUAUAUAUAUAUAUAUAUUGUAACUGAAAGCUUCGAAUUACAACAAAACUUCACUUAUUAUAACUUCAACUAAUAAAACUUCAACUAAUAAAACUUGAACUAAUGGACCCGCAAAUAUUUAAACUCAUACUAACAAAGACUUAUUACUCUACAAAACCGUUACUAUGUGAGGACCUAUUACGCUACAAGAACCUUUACUAUGCGAGGACCCUGACUAACUGACUUUCCCCUAUUUUAUACUUUUCUCAAUCGUACAUUCCAGUGUCAUGGAAACUUCUCCCCUAAUUAUUUUAGUAACUUUAACCUUCUAGAAGCUGACGUAUGCUAUUUUUUUCCUCAACCUCUUCUUUUGAUUGGAUGCCUAAAACUAACUUGUUUGCGCUGGACAGCUCUGGCUAGAUCUCGGGCUUCAAGAAACUGGUCAAAAUAGGUCACAGUCUCGACUCGUGACAAUUGAGGUAGAAGUUAUAAAAAAAAUCUACAGAAAGAUAUUCAUUUUUUUCUACAAUGGCAGACAGCCCUAAAGAACGUACUGAAAUAGUAAAUUUAGAUCAGAUCAUGACUGAUCAGCAGAUAAAAGAAGAAAGGUGGACUUUUACAGCUUUGUCAGAAGCAAUAAACACUAAAGAAAAUUGCUUGAUCUGGUUAGCCAAACGUCGGCUGAUUAAGAAUUCAUGUAAAUGUAUUAAUUGUCACCAACCAGCAUCAUUUAUCUCUUAUGAACAAGGAAUCGAUGGUUUCCGUUGGUUAUGCCUUGACUGCAACAUUAGAAAGUCAGUCCGUGAUAAUUCAUUCUUUGGAGGUAGCCACAUUUCACUUCUUCAGUUAAUACAGUUGAUAUACUGUUGGUCUUAUGACAUGCCAUUGGAUAACAUUAUUCAUGAAACAAAAAUCUAUAAAGAAACGGUCAUAGCCUAUUGCAAUUUUUGUAGAGAGGAAUGUGAAAAGUAUAUUAACAGGCAUGGACUUUUAGAAAUUGGUGGGAUUGGUGACAACGGAGAACCAAUUAUCGUUGAAAUCAAUGAACCAAAGCAAUUUAAGAGAAAAUACCUUACAUGUGAAAGUUGUUGGGUAUUUGGGGGAAAAGAAAGACAUUCAAGAAAAGGCUUUUUAGUGGAAAUUCCAGAUAACACCAAAGCUUCUUUAACUGAAGCAAUAACAAAACAUAUUUUGCCUGGAACACAUAUAGAGUCUCGUAGCAUUGCUGCAUUUGCCAAUAUAGCAAAGAUCCACAGUGGCAUAUACAGCCAUUCUGUGGUUAAACAACAAGUUCACACAACAAAUGUAGAAAAACUUUGGAUGCGUGCUAAGAGAUUGCUGAGGAGACAAUUUGGAUCCAGCACCAUCCAAUUCAGCACUUCUGUGAAUGAGUUUCUGUUCAGAAAUUCCAUAGGGGAUGGACAUAUUUUUGGAGCAGUACUUAUUGCAAUAGCUGAAGAUUAUGUAGUUUAAUGAAUGAAUGCAAGCUAUUUGUUCUUAAGUUUUCUACAGUAGUAUAUUUAAUAUUUUGUUUUUAAAUUUAAUUUGAAAUAUAUUUUCAGUCGAUUUACAAAUUGUUUUAACAUCGAAGUUAACUAGAUAAUUUUUAUGAUUAUGAUUUGUGUUAUAUAAUUUGUGUUUCUGUAAUCUGAUGUUGUUUUUUUUUUUUUUGUAAUACUUUACUGAAGCUGUUAGAAGAGUAUUGUACUGGUAUCACAUAGUUUACUUGCAAUGUGACAUGGUAUCACAUAGUUUACUUGCAAUGUGACAUGGUAUACAUUUUCCUCAAAGUAAUAAUGUUUUGAGUAUUUAAGAAAAUAAUGCUAUUGUGUUCUUCUCAAUAUAUAAACAAAGUGUUACACGAUUGCUAAUAAUCUUAGAAUAGUGGCCAAAUCAACAACCGUCUGCUUUUACUUUAGAAUUAGGUGGAUUAAGGGAUAGCUAAAAAUUCUGAUAUAUUCAAAAUCCCAGUUUUCACCUGUAUUUGAACCUGAGUUUCCUUGGUUCGGAAGCCAAGUACUAAACCACUUAGUCACCAAGCCCUAACAUUUCUGUAAAUGCCAUAUUCUUUCAGCUUAUAAAAAAAAAGAUACCUUUGGAAUAUGGUUUUCCCUCUAUAGCAGUGGUCUUCAACCCUUUUGGACGCACUGCCUUCUAUUCAAAUAUUUUCUCUCUAAAAGAUCCACCAGUGGACUCCCGUCCCUUCCCAGAGAAAUACUAGGGCCUAGAAAGAAACAUGUGAUAGCAAAUUUCUUCUUCUCUUCUUCUAGCCAGUUUUUUGUACACUGUGCUAAGGAAAAAUAGUGUGCUGUUCUCUUCAGUUUUUCAGCACUAUGUAUGGGGUAUUGGUUAUGUUGGGCUGGAGUGGUAGUAGGGUCUGCCUCAAGUGGAUUAGGAAGGGACAUUCAAAGAGGAUAUGGUUUACGGUUUCAUAAGGGUGGGUGCAGUGUCUACAAAGGGGAGUUGUGUGGGAUUUAGUUUGGCAAGAUGGCUAAUAGAAAAUUUAAAUAAAAUACAUUUUUUUUUGUACUUCAUGCUGUUUGACAAUGUUAGAAAUGUCAGGCUUUAAAUUAGUCAAAGCAAGGGAAAGAUCUCCUCUAGUGGCUACAUGCAGUUAAAUGUAGCCAUACCCUUUUCUGCCUCUUGUCCUCUCUCGGAAUUCUUUUAAUUUGACUGAUAACAUAAUUUUGUGACUCAUUUCUUCCCUGCAAUCCAAUUUGAACAUCAGUAACAUGUUUAAUAAAAUAUGUACCAAUCCUUGUUUCAAUUUUUAAAUUUAUGACAUCCUCGAAGCAAGUUGUCAUUUCUUUAUUGAGCAUUGUUAAGUGAGUAGCAUAGACAUCAAUGUUGUUAGGCAGCAGAUCAUUUAUCAACAAACAUUGUCCUGAGAGAUUGUCAAACAAACAUUAUGACAAACAAUGUCUCAGUAAAAGAGACUUGUAAGGAUUAGCUUUGAUUCAAUAAAGGUCAGUCUCUUUCCUUGCAGACGCAGGCUCAUUUCAUUCAUUUGCAUUAGAUGCCUACCAUCUUCACUUGUUUAAGUCGUUACCAACUGAUACAUUUUCCUGUCUCUCAAAACAUUCUUGAAUUUUAUUGCAGAGCUCAUUGAAACGAGCAAGACAUUCCCUUUCAAAAGCUAGAAAACCAGCAUACAAUAAGAGUUGAAAAUGUGGCUAAUCUUUUUUCUUUCACAGAACUGUUGAAAGACAGGCUAAUUUUUGACAUGGAUGUGUAUUUUAGUUAUAUUUUUUCUAAUGAGACUAAAGUGGAACAAAGUUGUGGGCUAUCAUUGUUAACAACAAAAUGUUGCCUCUAAAUCACACAUUGAAUUGCAAACAUCUCUGGAUCUACCUUUUUUUAUAUAACUUAUGAAGCUUUUGUAGUGUGCAACCAUUGAUGGUGCCGCAUCACUUGCAUAAGCCUCACAUUUUUCUAGUGGAAUUUCAUUAUUUACAACAAAAAAGAAAGUUUUUACUGAAGUUAAAAUAGGUUUACCUUUUGUGUCAAUACCAGUAUAUAUUUAAAAACAAAAUCGUCAUUAUCAUCAUGAUAAUACUGUACAUACCCAGGUAACAAUGAACAAUCAUCAUAGAUCAAUGUAGACUCAUCCAUUUUAUAGUAAAUUUUGAAAUUGGAAGUUUCCUUAUAACUUGUUGCAUCACAUCACUGGCCAUUUCAUCAGUCUGUUUUUGAAUCACAUAUAUAUAAUACUUAUAGGGAUCUUGAUGCAUCACAGUGGAAAUGACUUCUCAUAAUGUUGGAAUGGUCAUUUUUUAACAAAAUCAUGAGACUUAUUUUUUUAAUAGUUUUUUUUAAAAAUAAGCUCUGCAAUUUUUUAAGAGCCAUUAAACCAUCUUCUGCUUUGCCUUAAAAAAAACUUUAAAAAAAAAUAGUCCAGUGUUAAUUUUUUCAUUGCUCAUUAAGGUUCUUACAGUGUUGAAAUCUUUGGAUUUGUCCUUUUUGUUAGGAUGCUUGCAAUAUGUUCCUAAACAGACUUGGUUUUAACGCCUCGUUUGAAAAUAUUUUCAUGGAAAGUAAAACACAUUGGCAUACAUUUUUCUCUUGUCUGGCAUUGUCAAUGUUUUCAUUUUUAAAUAAAUAUUAAAAUAUCCUAUUUAAUGUUAGCUUUAACAUUUUAAAUUAACAUUAUAAUUAUAUUAAAAUAAUUUUGUUUACUGGUAUACCGGACCGGUAUUGUUGAUCAAAUAAACUAGAAUUUAAAAAGCUUAUUACCUAGUUUAUUUAUCAAGUAAUAAAUGCAUAUUAGAACUAAAAACCAUAAUAAACACUGGCUUGCAAUUAAAAAUUAAAGAAAAGGGAAUUCCUGAACAUAAAAAUCUCUUAAUGUUUCUGUUCUUAAAUCAGAAGAAAGGUAAUUAUAAUUUGCUCUUUUCUUUGCCAGCUCUAAUUUUGACGAAAUUUUAAAAUUGUUUUGUUUCAAAGCACCUCUAGUUUUUUUCAUCUCUGCCUGACCGUUUUGUGUCCAGCACCUUCUAGAGCUUCUUAGUGCCCAGCGUGCCUCCAUCCGCCCCUUUGGCUUCCAGUGCCUCUACUUUCAUGAACUUGCUUCCCUGGGGGCGUUUUCACUCCUAUUGAAGACCGCUGUUAAACAUUAAUCAUGACUCUUUUUUUUGUCCAUUCACAACAUUUAUUUUUUUUUAGUUGUUAAGUUUCCUAUUUAAUGCCUAUAAUCAAAGAAAAGGAGCUUGUUAAAAUAGCACCAAGGCGUCAGAACCAUAUAGUGUGAGAAUCACUGUUAGGAUUUUUGGUGGAGCUAGAUAGACAUAUUUGAAAUUAUUUUGUCAGACUCUUGUUUUAAAGGGACCAAAAGCUAUAUUAAGCCAGGUACCAAACAUGAAUUUAGUAACUAAAAUUACCUAUUAAAAUCAAUUUCAAAGUUAACAAAAAUUUAGUUAUGGAAUAAUAGCUGUUGAAAUAGCAUAGACUCAUUUCUGAUAUGUCACAUGGUCUAGCUUAUUACAGUAGCCUACAUCUAGAUCUUGAUUUAUAAAAGUGACCCUGUAAUAAGGAUGGUCUUGUAAAAGAUACCUUAAGCUUACUAAUAAAUAUUUGAAAAAUGAAAUUAAGACUUUGAAGAUAUUUACUAGGUGGCUGUAGAUAAGGCAAAAGUAGUAAAAUAUUUAAAUACCUGUCAAAAUGAACAAAAGAAUGAAAGAGAAAAAAAUUCCAACACAAAUUUAUUGGUUCAAAAAUACUCAGUCAUGCUACUAACAUGACGACACUAUAUUUUAAAAGCCUUAAAUUCUAUUUGCAUGUUGCUAAAACUAAUAGUAAUAUCAAAGAUAGUAUAAAUAUUUUAUAAGUGAAGUUUCAACAUUAAUGACUGUUUUGUUUUAUUUAGCAUUGUGACAAAUAUUUCAAAGUUUUAAACACAAACAUAUGUGCAGGGUAUAUCGUUUUUGCAUUUCCUUAGAGGUUCAGAGUCUGGCAACUAAAAUAAUUGGAGCUUUCAGUUUUCUCAUCUCGUUGUGCUUACAAUGUUUGUCACUCAAAAGGUAUAACCUAAGGAUCUAGGGUUUGAACCACCCCAUGGAGCUCAGAUAGACCACUUGCUUCUUUCCACUUAAUGGCAAUAAGAUUAACAUUUCCAAAAGGAGUUAGCUAUUUCUGGUAUUGUGACGGCAGGAGUAAUUUCCUUUAAAAAUGGUAUAUGAGGCCACGUAGACUGUGUAAUAACCACUUUCAGGAGAUACCAGCUUGACCACUGGAACUUGCCUCUCUAUACUGUGGGAAGCAUUCACACUUUUCUUGUUAUUGACUGGUCCUUUGUUAUUGGUUACUCUGGAAAAGUGUGCCCUCAUCUGGAGAUCUUUGGACUGAGUACAGGUACAUCUUAAAAUCAGUAAUGCAUUUGUAUGUAUUUAUUUGAUUACUUUUAUAAAUAAGAAAUAGCCUCUGAUGAUUUCCAGGUAGUGUGUAUAUUUUUACCCUGAUGAUAUUCAUCCUAUGGUAAAUAUUUGUUUCUAUUCCUAAAUGGGACAUAGAUAGAGCACUAUAAAAAUUGUUUCCAUAUAAAUCCAGUGGUACUGUGAAAAGUGUACAAUGAUGAGAAAGAAACAUCAAAAAACUCAUUUUUAAGUCUAGCAUUAAGUCACUUUUUGUUUUGUAUAUAAAAAUAAAACUAACAUGACAUUAACCUCUGUUACUGUUUAAGAAUAUUGUGUAAUUUUGUUUACGGUGUAAGAAUUGUUAUUUCAUUGAUUUUCAGACUAUCUGGCAUGCUUGUGUUUAUGUUUUUGUUUACUUAAAAUCUACAGUAGACAUCAUUUUUCAAAAAAAUUAUUAUUUUUUCAUUUCAUUUUUAAGUGAUGUAAAUAUCAAAUGUCUGAAAUCAUUAUAAUACUUUUAUUAUUA